AUGCCUCUCCCACUCUCUUAUCCAGGCCUUAAAUGUGUACUUGAAAACUUGGAAGCAGUUAAGCGACAAGAGCUCCUUCAUCACCUUCCAAGCAUCCGUACCAUCAAUUCCCUUUUUCCAUAUACCAUUGAAUUCGUGAGAAUCAUGCCGAAUUCAAUAAAAAUUAACAAAAAACUCUGGGUUUUUGGCCUAAACCAUCCGAUGACCGCCACCAUUUUUGAUUCUGAUUCUGGCAAACAUACUCCGAUACUCCGUGUGAACAAAUCUACAGAUGAGGCAAUUGAAAAAUUUUUCAAUGUCUACCUCAAAAAUGGUUCCAAUAUCCAAGACUUUGAUUUAUAUGAUGUUCCCAAGUUCUUGUAUGAAACAGAUAGAUCAGAUGGUCUGAAACUGAACAUCUCGAGAAUUUGGAUGAAGGCUUCGCUUAACACCAAGUUUGAUUAUUUUACUCGAUAUAUAAAUUUGGACAAGUUGGAAUUCAUUUAUCUCACUUUUACCCAAAGUUCCGAAGGGGAGUUCCGAAUGCUGACAAAGCCAGUGAUCAUCAACUGCAAGGGUCUCGAUUUGGUCAUAUCCGCUUCUAGAUCACUCAUCAACUACUACACCGGUCUCAGGAACCAAAGUCUGGUAUUAUAUGAUGAUAAUUUCCAAGUCAAUGAACUUCGUCUAUUGAUUGAGAACUGGAAAACCUCCGAUCGACCAAUUGGCACCUCUUUCUGUUUAUACUCAUCUAUAUAUGAUACAAACGAAGUGAUCAAUUCUUUGGAUCUGCAAGACACUUUUCCAGUUGAAAUUCCACGUGACUCAACCGAUUAUCCAGGAAUUGGUAUUAAAAUAGACUACAAUCGGGAUUUGGUCUUGUAUCAUGGUAAACAUCCGAUUGAAGAUUCUGCACUUUCAGUCUCAACUCAUCUGGAUCUCUUUUUAUCAGAAAUUCGGAUCGUUGUCCCCGGAUUGCCUAAGUUCUCCAUCCCAAUCAACAACGAGUCUAGAAUCCGUGUGUAUGCAAUCGAGGAUCCGGAAGAAGAUGGUCGAUGGAAAAUUGUUAUCAAGCCAGUGUCGGGAUCAUGA